CGAUAACCUCUAGUUCGAAGCCUCGCUGAAGCUGGUGGCCCCGGCUCCCAAGCGGAUCACUGCCGCCACCGCCUCCGCCGGCAGCACCACCAUGCCCAAGAAGCCGCAGCACCUGAGCCUGGUCGCCAGCACGGCGGGCGGAUACGGGGGCGGUCCCAGCAGCAAGCCCAAGUACAGCCUGACCCUGCACAACAGCAAACUCGCCACGGGGGGCAAGCACCUGCGCGAUGGCCUCCAGCAGCGCCAGCACCUCAAGGCCGUGGAUGGGGUUGGGCUGGUGCCCGUGCCCGUUCCCGUUCCCGUUUCCCUACCCACCGACGAGGUGGUGGGUGUGCAUCUGAAGGCGGGGGCCAUCACAGGCGAGGCUUCGGGCAGUGUCACCAGGCAGAUGGGGGAGAGCGGCAGCAGCGGCAGCGGAAAGGACGGCGCCAAAUGCGGAAAUGACAAUGAACUGGGGGGCGGAGUGACAAACGGUGUCAUGAGGGCACAAAACAACAGGCUGUGGUAUCAUUGAUGAAAACCCCAUAUUGAAUGGAUUUGAGCGAUAUCCUCUAAACGGAAAUCGAAAUGAAAAUGCAACAAGUACUAAAAAAAAGAGGACGUUACGCCGAAAUUAUAAUCACCGAGUUAAGUCCGCGCCAAAAAUCGCGAAUCGGACAGAAAUAAAGUCAAGCACAAAUAGUUGGAUUAAAAAGGCCCAACAAUUGAACCCACUGAGCAAACAAGAAACGCAGCGAAUCGAAUCGAAAACGAAUCAAAUCGAAUCGAAAACGAAGUCAAGUCGCCUACCAAUCAUUUAUAGUGUAGGGUCGAGAAUAUGCCAACAACGUAGCUAAUGAAACAUGUUAAGAACACACUGUAAAUAUACGAGUUUAGGAAUCGGUAGUGAAGAACCUGCAUCUGAUGACAAGGAGCUGAAUUGCAAGGAGGAAUCCAGGACAUCAUGGGAAAGAAAAAAAAAAAAAAACAAAAAACUCACGACAAGAUAAUACACAAAUCAUGAGAAUAUUGAGACGAAUUUAAGGUCUAGCAUUUAGCGACACAAUUUGUUUAUAAAACGAAGCAAGAAAUAAUAUUAUAUUGAGUAACACCUAUACGACUAACUAGCUUAUAAUAAUGUUUAACUGAUUUGUAGUACUCUUUCGGGAAGAACACUGCGAUCUGCGAACUAACUGUACAUGCCUGUGAACCUACCCCGACUAAACCUGAACUAUAUGAACUAUCUGAACUAUAUAGUAUGAACUAUCUGAUGAACCCUAUAAGCGCCUACACUCACACUACUUAAGCCCCACUGUACAUUUUCUGUGUAUAAACUUAUAGACAUAGAUUGUUUGCUAUAGAUGGAAACACGAUGACGCGUUGAGCAAAAUUACGUAGGAAAAUCCACGAGAUUAAAGUCCCGGGAGAUAAUGAUGAUAAAAUUGUAACGGAAUUUAACGGACCAAGAGAGCGUGCAGAGCGACUUCGCCUAAACCAAGAAAAAUGAAGUUUUCAUCAAUGAUUUGUGAUUCAAUAUUCAACUAUUUAUAUUUAUAGACACGCGGAUGCGAGUAUUCAGUUCUUAAUGCUAACUCUAAUUUAUCGAAACGUACUACCCGCAAACAAAUGACUCUGACUAUAAAGAAAGCACUAUGAAUAUAAAACAAGAAACAAAUCGUAUUUAUAAUUAAUAUUAAUGGAUAAUCAUGUAUAUGUUCCUUUUUAGUUUAAUGCGCAUUAGUAUCACCCGAAACUUACUAAGAGUUAAACGUAGUAGCUUCGUAGUAGUUUAAUAAAGCAGCAGCAAAGAUUAAAUAAUUUUAAACAACCGGAUACAUAGGCAAACAAUAGGCGUGUUGGAAAUAGCAUAAAGUAUAAAUGAAACGAGACACUCGACACUCGACGACACCCAUUAAUAACACUAAAAAUUAGUUUAAAUAGUAAAACCGAAAGAAAAGAAACCCAAAACAGGCACACGCUCCACACAAACAACGUUUAAAAUGUUUGUGCAAGAAUUUGCGAAGUUUUUAACAACAAAAGAUAUACAACUUAAAAUUAAGCAAGCGGUUACAACAAUAUUUAAAAGUAUUUAAUAACAUUAGGCUUCUAGAUAUGUCCGUAUGUAUUUCUCAACUUUCUGCACAAAUUCUAAACCUUUCGACUUUCCACUGCACCAACGGUUUGCCAACACUGGCCCACUGAAAACACAACUACAGCAAGACACGAUCGAACACUGCAAGAAAAAACACUGUCCGCCACUGAAAAAUUACUAUCGAGCAAAAACAAAUCACGAACCUACCUACAAGACUUGUGUAAAUUAAAGAAACGUAAUGCUAAAUAAAGCUAAAUAAAACGAUUAGACAUUAAGUUAAAAAUACAUUUUGUAAAAAUUAAUAAAGGUACACUGUAAAAACUUAUAUACUAAUGUAAUGGUUAUCCGGUCUUUUGGAAAUCACGGCAAACGUCAUUAAAUUGUUUAUUUACGGUGCGCUUGGCGGUCGAUAUACCGACUAGUUUAAUUUCUAAAUUAAUUUAAAUGCAUUUAUUAUGUGUAAAUUUUUCAAAGGCAAAUAUAUAGUAUUCAAUUAUUUAAACAGCAUA